AUGGCUCUCCCAUCAGCAGCAACCACCCUGCGAAAGACUCUCCAAGACCCCAAUGGCUUCGUCGUAGCCCCAGGAGUCUACGAUGGCAUGUCAGCACGUCUAGCACUGGCAGCGGGCUUUGACGCAUUAUACAUGACCGGCGCAGGAACAGCAGCCUCGGUGCACGGUCAAGCCGAUCUAGCAAUCUGCACGCUGAACGACAUGCGCGCGAAUGCCGAAAUGCUCGCAAACCUAUCCCCGGCCACUCCCCUAAUCGCCGACGCAGACACCGGCUACGGCGGCCCGAUAAUGGUAGCCCGAACAACAGAGCAAUACGCCCGGUCCGGCGUAGCAGCCUUCCACAUCGAAGACCAAGUGCAGACAAAACGCUGCGGCCACCUCUCCGGCAAACAGCUAGUCGACACAGCGACAUACACGACCCGAAUCCGGGCAGCGGUUCAAGCGCGCCAGCGCCUCGGCAGCGAUAUCGUCAUCAUUGCGCGAACGGACGCAUUGCAAUCGCACGGAUAUGAAGAGUCUCUGGCGCGACUGCGGGCUGCGCGGGAUGCGGGUGCGGAUAUGGGAUUCCUGGAGGGCCUUUCAUCGCGGGAGAUGGCAUCGGCUGCAGUGAAGGACUUGGCGCCUUGGCCUUUGCUUCUGAAUAUGGUUGAGCAUGGGGCUACGCCGUCAAUUUCUGCAGCUGAGGCGAGGGAGAUUGGGUUCCGGGUUAUCAUCUUUCCGUUUGCCACGCUUGGGCCGGCGCUUGUUGCUAUGCGGGAGGGGUUGGCGAAGUUGAAGGAGACGGGUCUGCCGGGGUUGAGUGAGGAGAUUACGCCGCAGAUGUUGUUCCGGGUUUGUGGGUUGGAUGAAAGUCUGAAGUUGGAUGCUGAGGCUGGAGGGGAUUCAUUUGAAGGUGGCGUUGACUUGGGAGAGAAGUGA